AAAAUUCACAAAUUCCCUCCAACACAACGUCCGGCCCACUGUGCGGCUCCACCAAUGAGCUCCGAGGGCCUGCGCAGUGGUAUUAGCAUACAGCCUGUAUAAAAAGCGCUGCUCUCAGUCACAGAGCUCAUUCGUUGCUGCAGAGUAUCGAAGAAGGAAAAUGCCUGAACCCGCCAAGUCCGCGCCCAAGAAGGGCUCCAAGAAAGCCGUGACCAAGACCGCCGGCAAGGGCGGUAAGAAGAAGAGAAAGACCAGGAAGGAGAGCUACGCCAUCUACGUGUACAAGGUGCUGAAGCAGGUUCACCCCGACACCGGAAUCUCCUCCAAAGCCAUGAGCAUCAUGAACUCGUUUGUCAACGACAUUUUCGAGCGCAUCGCUGCCGAGGCAUCUCGCCUGGCCCACUACAACAAACGCUCCACCAUCACCUCCAGGGAGAUCCAGACCGCAGUGCGCCUGCUUCUCCCCGGUGAGCUGGCCAAGCACGCCGUGUCUGAGGGCACCAAGGCCGUCACCAAGUACACCAGCUCCAAGUAAACUGACUAUCAGACGUCAACCCAACGGCUCUUUUCAGAGCCAC